GUUGAAUAUGUCACGUGCUUAUAUAUUUUUUCUCAUCAACAUCAGAUAUUGAUGUACCAAAUAGAGAAGUAAUAAUUGAAUAAAGAAGUUUCAUUAAUAUACAUAUACAAGAAAUGUUUUAUUCGUUCUUUAUUCUUUUAUCUGUGACUCUUAUCUUUCACAGUUGUGAUGUUAGACUACUUUAAAUAGUCAGUCGCGAGUCAGUCACGAGAUGCUAUAUAGUUGUGUGAUUCACAUUCGCGGAGUUUAUUCUGCCGUCUCGAUGACAUCACCUCUGUUAUGCAGUCAUGGUAAAAUGGAUAGUCGCACUUUACAUAUGCCCGUUUGCAUCGUAUUACUACACAGUCAGGAAAAAUGCACGGAGCUAUCAUUAUCCUCUAUUUCGUUGUUGAAACAAUAGGCGGACAUGCAACACAUGUAACGCCAGCAAAAAUUAUCGGAGGACAACCAAUCGACAUAAAGCAUCGACCUUUCAUGCUCUCUUUGCAUAAUUCACAAGGAUUUCUGUGUGGUGCCAGUAUAUUAAGAAAGUCAUGGAGUAUUACUGCUCUUCAUUGUUUGGAUACAACAUCGCCUACAAAAUACUAUGUACGAGCUGGAUCCAAUAAAACGAAUACAGGAGGAUCUGUGCAUAAAGUAACGAAAAUUUACGUGUACAAUGAUUCAUAUAUAUCUUCGUUUUCAAGUGUGCCAUAUCACGAUAUCGCACUAAUUAAAGUAAGCCCACCAUUUUGUUUCUCAAGAAACAUUGCACCGAUUCGUCUGCAAUUUUUAUCGACAGAACCACGUUUAUUGUUUAUUAGUGGUUGGGGACAAACUGAAAAAGAAAAGAAAGCCAAAACUCUCAUGAGUGUUCGAGUUCGGCAUGUUCCAUACGAAACUUGCAUUAAAACCAGUUCAAUAUAUGCAAAUCUCGUCAGAAAAGACAAUCAUUUAUGUUAUGGAACUAGAGGACAUGAUGCCUGUUACGGAGAUUCUGGUGGACCAUUGACCAGUUGGAGAACACUGUUUGGUAUUGUAUCUUUUGGUGUCGGCUGUGGAAAAGUGACUGGUGUCUAUGUCAAAGUAUCAUAUUAUCAAACAUGGAUUAGAAAAGUAAUAUUAGGAAAACUAUAAAAUUACACAUGUAAAAUAAAUGAAUGUUUUCUUUUCUGUGAUUAGUUAUUGUAGCUUACUUAUAUUUUUUUGUUUUUGAAAUUUCUCAUGGAUUACUUGUUAACAAUGUUUGAUAAUGCACACGCAAUUACACACACACACACACACAUUUAUUAAAAAUAUAACAAAGUGCUGCGUUAUUGUUUAACUUGUAAAUUACAGUAGUCAGAAAUUUAAUAAACUAUCUAAUAAAAUGUUUGGAUUCAUGUAUUGUUGAACGUAUGAACAAAAAAAUUAACGUAGAUAAUAUUCGACAAAUAUCGCGUCACUGAAAAAGAGCCUUGUGUUGUUAUCCGGGAAAGUACUGUUUCCAACAGAAUAGGCACAAAAGGCAUAUCGAAUCACGGAGUCAUGAACCCUUCUGCGUUCAGGUUCGGUGCGUGCAGGAAGUCUACCACAUACACGCGCUACGCAAGAGUAUUGCACACGCGACGCACGUAGCGUUUGGUUCGUGUAAAGCUGAACAAUAGGUACACCGUGACCACAUAAUGUGCGUGAUAAAUAUUUAGCUGUAUGUGAUAAUGAUAAUUAUUUCUAGCUUAUAAUGAUUGUUUUUGAACUAUAACAAGAGAGAAAAACAAAUCAGGUGUCUUUAUAUAUAUCUUUAAAUUUUUUUACUACGUGAUUCUUACGUGAUGAAACAACAGAUUAUUUGUUUAAUAUCAACGCGGUGUAAUACGUGAUGCUACGGAUAUAUA